AUGACAACAACGCGCGCCCCCCGCCCCAUCAUCGCCGUAGUCGGCGCCGGCGUCGUGGGCAUGGCCUCCGCGCUACUGCUCACGGAAGCAGGCUACACGGUGAAGAUCGUAGCGCGGGACCUGCCAGGGGACAGUGGGACGGAGUGGGCGAGUCCGUGGGCCGGCGCGCUGCUGGCGCCCUUCCCCGAAGGCGACGCCGCGAUGCAGGAAGAGUCGCUGCGCCACUACGCGCGCCUCGCGGCCACGGAGCCCUGGUGCGGCGUGCGCACGCUGCCGAUUACCGAGUACUACGACGACCACACGACAGACGGCAUGAUCUGGUUCCGGCACCUCUUCCCGGACUUCCGGUGGCUGGCGCAGUCCCAGCUGCCCGGGCACGCGAAACUCGGCUUCAGCUACACGGGCAAAGUCGUGAACCCGACGUUUUUCCUGCCGUGGCUGUCGGCGAAGCUGACGGGGCUGGGCGUGACAUUUACGCGGGCGACGGUGUCGUCGCUCGCGGAGGCGGUGCAGCUCACCGGCGCGGCGGUCGUGGUGAACGCGAGUGGGAACGGUGCGCGAGUGCUGGCGGGCGAUGAGGGCGCGGUGCCCGUGCGGGGCCAGACGAUGUUUGUGCGGAAGAGCGGGUUCGACCGCGCCGUCAUGUACCAGGGCUCCGAGUACACGUACGCGAUUCCGCGGACGUUUUCGGGGGGCGUGAUUAUUGGCGGGGUGAAGGGGGAGGGGUCGACGGAUGCGAAGGUCGACAAGGACACCAAGAGGGAUAUUUUGCGCCGGAUUAAUGCUAUUACGGAUGGCUCGUUUGCGGACGUCGAUCUCGAGAGGGAUGUCCAGGAUAUUGUGGGGUUUAGGCCGGGCCGCAAGGCUGGCGUUAGGGUCGAGAGGGAGGGCGAUGUCGUGCAUGCUUAUGGCGCGGGGGGGCUGGGCUAUUUGUAUGCGUUUGGCAUUGCGACGAAGGUGCGGAGUUUGGUGCAGGCGCGGGCGAAGAUAUGA